CCAUCAAAGAUUGAUGGUUCACACUGAUACAAAAUGCUAGUGUGGUCGAAAAAAUUACCCUAAUAUUUUGUGCCAGUGUGAACCACAAAAAUGUUGGUGCACUUAUGUGGUGUACAUUUUGGGAUACAACUAACCCUUGAUAAGCAAUUGGCAAGCAUGGUGGAGAAGGCAUCAAUAGAGGACGUGAUGAAGGUUUUGAUAGCUUCAAGAAAGCAAGACUUGCAGCAGCUGUGGACCACUUGCUCUCAACUGGUGGCGAAAUCCGGCCUCCCCCCGGAAGUGUUGGCCAAACACCUCCCCAUUGAGGUGGUGGCCAAGAUCGAGGACCUCCGCCUCAAGUUCUCCAUCACGCGCCGCCCUCUCUUUUCUCAACACCACCACCACCACCCCGACUUGGCCGACGUGGAGGACCAGAAGAUACGCCGCAUGCGGCGUGCCCUCGACUCCUCCGACGUCGAGCUCGUCAAGCUCAUGGUGAUGGGCGAAGGGCUGAACCUCGACGAGGCGUUGGCCUUGCACUACGCGGUCGAGAACUGUAGCCGCGAAGUCGUCAAGGCCCUGCUCGAGCUCGGCGCGGCAGAUGUCAACUACCCCGCCGGGCCCGCGGGGAAGACGCCGCUUCACGUCGCCUCCGAGAUGGUGUCCCCCGACAUGGUCUCGGUCCUCCUCGACCACCACGCCGACCCCAACGUCCGGACCAUUGACGGGGUCACGCCUCUCGACGUCCUCCGGACCCUAACCUCCGAUUUUUUAUUCAAAGGUGCCGUCCCGGGGCUGGCCCCCAUCGAGCCGAAUAAGCUCCGGCUUUGCCUUGAGCUCGUCCAGUCGGCCGCCAUGGUCAUUUCAAGAGAAGAAGGCAACGCGGCGGCCGCCAACCCAUCCUCCGCCGCGGCCGCCGCCAUAUAUAUGCCGAUCAGCGAAGAGCACGCGCCGAACAUGGGAAGCAGCAGCGGUGGCAACCGGGAUUCGAGAUCAAUGGGGUACCUCCACCUCGGGGCCGCCGCGGCUGCGGUGGCGCAGCAGCAAAUCCACGACGGAGACCAAAGCGGCGGCCGCCACAACCGACAGAGCGGUGGCUGUGAUCCAUCCUCAGUCUACCACCAUUCUCACCAGGAGUAUUGAGUGUGUUAUUCGGAUCUCAGCUUCCUUCUGCUCACCUUCAACCUGAAUUCAUCGAAUUAAUUGAUUUAAAAGCCCAUAUAUAUAUUAUUAUGCUCAGAUUCAUGAGGUUUAAUUUAUUUAUUUAUUUGGGAAACAUUUAUUACUUUGCCAAAGAUUCAUAUUUUGAUAAUGAUCAAAUGGACCUCAUGAAUGAAAGUAGUGAUGUUAU